AUGGCAUACGAAAAUCAUAUGUAUAAAAAAUGGUAAUGGAACUGGCAAGCUAUCCUAACUCCCGUAGCCGGUGAUCUGGUAUAAAACCCUUAUGGAAGGGAGAACGACUUCUAGAGAUAUGCAUCUGGCUAGGUUUUCUAGGGAACUAGCCCAAGUCCAAUUCUCUGACUAGUUAAUUCUAAAGGGAGGGAGCUUGAAUUUGGAAAGGGAGGUUAAAACACCACCAAGUAUGCCCAGUAGGUGUCUGAGAAAUCGGAUAUCAUCAUGAUAGCAGAUAUUAUGUCAUGGGCUCACAAUUCCUCCAUCUUUAGCCGAUAUUUAACUAGAAAAUUCGAAUUUCAAUAUUUUUGAAAGCGAUCAAUGUUGGCUGCGUCUCUAGACCCCAUACCAUUAAUCUCUCAGUUUUAAGCGAGAAAAGCGAGACGAUGGAUACAGCGAGUUGCUAGCCAGCAAGGCUCAGAUAAAUAUUAUAUUGUAUCAAAGGAAGCUUUUCAAUAAUCUAAUUAAUUUAAGGCAUACGAAAAAAACUUCAUCUACUUAUGACUGAGAAGAAGUUCUUACUCACCCCUUCAUGAGCAAACAAAACCAUGGAAAAAUCCCUAUUUUAUAAUUAAAACCAGUGAGCAAAAUAAUUUUUUUUUAAAAAAAUAUUUUUAUAUAAAAAUCUAGCUUAUUCUGCUUUUCAAACAUAAAUUUUAUAAAUUAAAUUAAUUUUUGCUUUCCAAAUUUUUGCGAAUUGGGAUUUUUUUAAAGUUUAAAAAAAUUUAACGCCUCAAUGAGCGAACAAACUUUGUUUGUAAGGGGAGUUAGGAAUAUUUUUAUAAAAUACACCAAUUCAGGCCCAGCCGUCUCGAACACCUAUAUGACUACAAUUAAAUUCCAAAAAAUGAUCCAAGAUGCUGGGCUAUUAGAUGAAGAAUUCACCCCUCAGAAAGUUGACAUUAUUUUUUGUUCUGAAAAUCGUCAUAGGCCACAUAUGAAAUUCGAAGUAUUUGUGAACACAAUCCCAAGAAUUGCCGAAGUAAAGUUUAUUGAUGAGUUCCAAAAUGACCCUAGGGAAACGUUAGAAAAAUUAUUAACAAAUCAUUUCAUGCCUCUCUGCACCAACAUGAAGGCUCCUCACCAGAUUUUUCACCCAGAUGCAAUUGAGCUGAAUGAAGAUGUGAGAGAAAUCAUCCAUAGCGUGAUUUCUCCUCUCAAAGAUUUGUAUUCUACUUAUUUUCCAUGAGAAUUGGCUGGCAAUGAUAAAUCUGCUCAAAAAACGAAUAAAUCCCAAAGUGCACUGCAUUUAUUUUUAAGAGAUUUUGAUAUUUGCCCACAGCUGAUAAAUAAAUCCACAGUUAUCAAGCUAUGAAAAGAUGUCGUGCUGUUUCAAGGGCAAUUUCCUCCAGCACAAGCGUUAUUGCCAAAUCCUUCACAUGAAGCUGGGACUCACUUUUCGUUCAGUAAAUUUUUAUAUAGCGCUUUCCCGAGGAUGGCGCGGAAUGGCGCCAUCCUCGGGAAAGUCAACUAAGCAUCCACACGGGAACUGGGAGUUCCACGUGUGGAUGCCAUUUUUGACAUGUGGGAUCCAAACUUCCACAUGUCAAAAUGGCAUCCACACGUGGAACUCCCAGUUCCCGUGUGGAUGCCUUCCUGGCUUUCCCGAGGAUGGCGCCAUUCCGCGCCAUCCUCGGGAAAGCGCUAUAUUUUUUGUAUAUGAGUGCACUGGUAGGAUAUUCUCAUGAUUCUCAAUUAAACGCCUGCCCUCCUCCAGAAAAGCUUUUGAUCUUGCUAGAAAGAAUGGAACUUGCCAAAGAAAACCAUACAGUCCACAAGCAUCGGCCAAGGACUGCAAAAGAUUCAUUACUUCCUAGCCGAGAUUUAAUUGAAAGAAUCAUUUUGAACACAGAAGACAUGCAAACUCAAUCACAAAUGCAAAGCGUUUCUCAGUCAGAGCAAGAAUAUGAGAUCUCCCAAGCUGCUCAGAGUAUAUCUGCACUCAAUUUAGAUCCUUUGGGCUUAGAAAGCUUAGAAAAAUACUUAGAAAGGCUUCAGAGGAUUUUCCAAGCUUAUUGCUCAUAUGGUGAGCCUAUGAAUACCACAAGGUUAAAAUCUUCAAAACUUAUAAAAAUGCUAAAAGAUUGCCACUUAUUGAAAGAGCCUAAAGGAGCUGAAAAUUUUGAUAUUUCAGUAAAUUCUGCAGCUAAUGGGCUUACAAAGGUAGAUAUUGACCUAUUAUUUUCAAAAUUAACAGGGAAUUAUGCAAACCCUACUAAGCGUAAUGGAAUUAAAUUUGGCCCAAAAUCACACCUAUCACUGCAGAAUUCUAACAGCAAUGGAAGAAUGGAAUUUCAGCAAUUCCUUAAAGCACUAGAAAUAGUAGCAAUGAAAACCUACCCAGACUGUUUACUAGAAGAAGCUUACAUAUCACUCAUAGAAAAUCAUAUUUUGCAGCUAGAAACAGACUGAAGCCAGCAGAGGGGAAUCAACAGCUUAUACGUAAAAACUCUUAUGGACAUGCUCAGAGAUGAAGAGGUCAUCGAAAUUCUUGGCGUCGUCCACAAGGUCAUGCUUCCUUAUUACAACUUUUACGCCGACACCAGAGGCUAUAUGAAUUUCACUGCCUUUGCAAGGUUCGCAAAAGAUUUUGAGCUGUUUCCCGACCUAAUUUCAAAGGCAAAAUUAUUAAGAUAUUUUUAUACAUUAGCAGGAAUUUAUGCACAAACUGAACAUCCAGAAGCCCAAGGGUCUGUGAAUUCUGCAGCAAAUGAUUGGAGGGCUCCAGAGCAAACCGAAGUAGAGGUUAUUGACCAGCAUUUAUUUGUGGAGUCAUUAGCACUUAUAGCAGCAGAUUUAUCGUAUGUUAAAAACGCGACAGCAGUUCAAAGAAUCUGCUCACUGAUGGAAAGAUUAAGCCAGUCUCAAGGGCCGAUCAUUCUUGGGAUUUCUGCAGGGAAUUCUCAGCCAACUUUUCAGAAAUCAGAUAUGAUAAAGCCUAUCAAGCAAAAGUAUCCGAAUAUGUUUGCACGUGCAAGAAGCCCUUCCAAGCCGUCUUUUUCUGAGCUAAUGUCUUAA